AGGAGAUACAUGUGGGAGUGAUCCUUGAUAUGGGUUCAAGGGUAGGAAAGGUCAUUAAUCGCUUCGUUAUCAAGGGUAUUUCUGACUUUUACACUGCCAAUCCUCACUGCAGAACUCGGAUAGUUGUUAAUACAAGAGAUACCAAAGGAAAACGACUCCUUGCAUUAUCAGCUGCUCUCGAUCUUGUGGAAAACAAUAAAGUGCGAGCAAUAAUAGGCCCACACUCUACAACUGAAGCAAGAUUCUUGGAAAUUUUGGAAGAAAAGGCUAACCUACCAAUUCUUUCUUUAUCAACAAGUCCCUUUACCAAUCAAAAUCCAAAUUUUCUUCAAAUUGCACAAGAUGAAACCACUCAAUUUAAAGGCAUUGCUGCACUUGUGGAAUCCUUAUAUUUGAAUAACAUCAUUCUUAUAUGUGAAGACAAUGCAAAUGGGAGAGAAAUGGCUACUUAUAUUAUUAGUUCAUUUCGAAACCAUAACAAACAUGUUACAUAUACUAGCCUAAUUUCAACCUCUGUCAACCAUACACAAAUCCUUGAAGAAUUUCAUAAGUUUCAAUAUAUGCAAACCAAAGUGUUUGUGGUGCAUGGGUCACCUUCUAUUUCAUCCCGACUAUUUUCGAUGGCAAAAGACGUCGGUAUGAUGAGUGAAGGAUACACCUGGAUCGUAACAAGUAAAACUACAAACUUCUUGAAGUUCAUGGAUUCUAAAGCCAUUGAAUCGAUGCAAGGGGCUGUGGGAUUCAAAUCAUAUUUUCCAAAAUCAAGUAAAUUUCAUGGUUUGAAACAUUUUAUGGGGUUGAAGGAAGUAGAUUAUGAUGGUAUGUGGGCAUAUGAUGCUGUUUAUGCAUUAGCAAUGGCUGUUGAAAGGCUACAAACCAAAAAACAUGUUACAAAAUUAGCACUUCUUGAUCAUAUAUUAAGAACUACAUUUCGUGGUUUAGGUGGUGAAUUCAAGUUUGUGAAUGAGAGAACACUUUUAAGACCGAUAGAAGUUAAAAAUGUGAUUGGCAAGGGUGAUAAACGGGUGGGGUUUUCGAUUGUUAAUGGUGAGUUUGUCAAGAAAAUGGGAAAAACGAAUUCGUCUACCAAUAAUGGACUCGAACAUAUUGUUUUUCCUGGAGGGCAUACAAGUAUUCUAAACCACAGGAGGCUACAAGUGAAUGGAAAGAAGAUGAGAAUUCUGGUUCCUGUUUUUGGUGGAUUCAAAAACAUAUUACAAAUGGUUGUUGAUCCAAAAACAAAUCUAUCAAAUGUAAGCGGGUUUUGUGGGGAUGUUUUUAACGUUGCGUUUAAUGUCUUAAACCAUAAAGUAGACAUUGAAUUUGUACCAUACCUUUUUGAAGAAGGAAGGACUUUCAACGAUCUAAUUGACAAAGUCUAUUAUAAGGAAUUUGAUGCUGCUGUCGGGGAUAUAACAAUUACUUCAAAUAGAAGUCGAUAUGUUGACUUCACUUUGCCAUAUAGUGAUAUGGGAGUUGGGACAUUAGUGCGGAAUGCCGAUAAAAGUAUCUGGAUAUUUUUAUCUCCACUUAAUGCAGAUCUUUGGUUCACAAGUGCUGGUUUCUUUCUCUUUUUGGGGUUUGUCAUUUGGGUUAUUGAACAUCGUACAAACGAAGAGUUUCAAGGUUCAACAACGCAACAAAUUGGAACAACCCUUUGGUUUGCCUUUUCGACUCUUGUUUAUGCUCAUCGGGAAAAGCUGGAAAGUAAUUUAUCAAGAUUCGUAGUCACGGUUUGGGUUUUUGUAGUGCUUGUGUUGACAUCAAGUUACACUGCAACAUUAAGUUCACUAUUAACCGUACAACAGAUUGCAUUAAAGGGUGGGUCAGUCCAAUUCCAAGGGAUAUCCCCAGUUAAAGCAGCAGUGUAUAACAACGUAAAACUUAAUGAGGAUGUAUUGGUCGAAUUACGCUCAGCUGAUGACUAUGCUAAAGCAUUAAGAAAUGGAAGAGUUGGUGCCAUCAUUGAUGAAAUCCUUUACAUAAAAUCAGUUCUUGCAUUGUAUUCGCGUCAUGAGUUUUCAUUGGUAGCAACUUCAUCAACCACUAAUGGUUUCGGCUUUGUGUUCCAGAAAGGUUCAACAUUGGCAAAGGAUAUAUCGACUCAAAUAGCGAAACUACGUGAAGAUGGAACACUUAAAGCAUUAGAGGAUAAAUGGUUAGAACGUCAAUCUUCGAUUAUGUCAAAUGACUUUCCUGCGGUUUCACCAAACAUUUUGAAUCUUUAUGGAUUACGGGGUUUGUUUCUUAUAAGCGGGGUAUCGAUGGCCUUUGCUCUUUUGGUGUCCAUGGUUUAUCUUGCUCGUGAAAAAUGUCAAGGCAGAAGUAAAAUGGAGAUGUUAAGGCGUGUCUCGAAGAUCUGCCCAACUCCAAGUACAUGUACAAGAUAGUGAGGCAGAGAUAACAGUUUGACCUUUUUAUUAAGUUAAAUAAAUCUUGAUGCUAGAGACCUAAAAUGAUUUGUAACUUUAUAGAAGAGGAUGUAUCAAUAUUA